CCGCCUCCGCCUCCCCCUCGCAUGAGGCAGCCCGGGACGCGCGGCCGCAGCAUGGUGCCGCCGGGCGGACUGGUGCCGCUGCUGGCGUGGCUGAAGUGGCCGUGCUGCCUGCUGGAGCUGGUGCUGGCGGCGCGCGGGCAGGAGGCGCACGGGGGCCCGCACUCCAUCCGCCUGGAGGGGGACAUCACGCUGGGGGGGCUGUUCCCGGUGCACGCCAAGGGCCCGAGCGGCGCGCCGUGCGGGGACAUCAAGCGCGAGAACGGCGUGCACCGCCUGGAGGCCAUGCUCUACGCGCUGGACCAGAUCAACGCCGACCCCGAGCUGCUGCCCAACGUGACGCUGGGCGCGCGGGUGCUGGACACCUGCUCGCGGGACACCUACGCGCUGGAGCAGUCGCUCACCUUCGUGCAGGCGCUCAUCCAGAAGGACACGUCCGACGUGCGCUGCACCAACGGCGACCCGCCCGUCUUCGUCAAGCCCGAGAAGGUGGUCGGCGUGAUCGGGGCGUCGGGCAGCUCCGUCUCCAUCAUGGUGGCCAACAUCCUGCGGCUCUUUCAGAUCCCACAGAUCAGUUAUGCCUCAACUGCACCAGAGUUAAGUGAUGACAGACGUUAUGAUUUCUUCUCACGAGUGGUCCCUCCAGAUUCCUUUCAAGCACAAGCGAUGGUGGACAUUGUAAAAGCUCUGGGGUGGAAUUAUGUGUCCACUUUGGCAUCUGAAGGAAAUUAUGGAGAAAAAGGAGUGGAAUCUUUCAUGCAGAUUUCCAGAGAGGCAGGUGGGCUCUGCAUUGCUCAGUCACUGAAAAUCCCACAGGAUCGCAAAGACAAGAACAUCGACUUUGAUAAAAUUAUCAAGCAGCUCCUAGAAACUCCCAACGCCAGGGCCAUCGUUAUUUUUGCCAAUGAUGAGGACAUAAAACAAAUCCUUGCAGCGGCUAAAAGGGCUGAUCAAGUUGGUCAUUUUCUCUGGGUGGGAUCAGAUACUUGGGGCUCCAAAAUGAGUCCAUUGGUUCAGCAAGAAGACAUUGCAGAGGGAGCAAUCACCAUUCUACCUAAGAGAGCAACCAUAGAGGGGUUUGAUACGUAUUUUACCUCACGUACACUGGAGAACAACAGAAGGAAUGUGUGGUUUGCAGAAUAUUGGGAGGAGAACUUCAAUUGCAAGUUAACAAUCAGUGGGUCAAAAAAAGAAGACACAGAUCGUAAAUGCACAGGGCAGGAGAGAAUUGGAAAGGACUCCCAUUAUGAGCAAGAGGGGAAAGUUCAGUUUGUGAUUGAUGCUGUGUAUGCCAUGGCUCAUGCCCUCCAUCAUAUGAACAAGGAUCUUUGUCCUGAUUACCCGGGAGUUUGUCCGGAGAUGGAACAAGCAGGAGGCAAGAAGCUGCUGAAGUACAUACGUAGUGUGAACUUCAACGGCAGUGCUGGCACUCCAGUGAUGUUUAAUAAAAACGGGGAUGCGCCAGGGCGCUACGACAUCUUUCAGUACCACACAACAAACACCACCGCCCCAGGUUAUCGUCUGGUUGGCCAGUGGACAGAUGACCUACAGCUUAAUAUUGAGGAAAUGCAGUGGGGUAAAGGCAUACGUGAGAUCCCAUCCUCAGUCUGCAGUCAGCCUUGCAAACCAGGAUUUAGAAAGAAGAUGGUUAAAGGAAUGCCAUGCUGUUGGCACUGCGAGCUCUGUGAUGGGUACCAGUACCAGGCUGAUGAGGUGACUUGUCUUCUCUGCUCUUAUAAUGAGCGGCCUAACGAGAACCGCACUGGAUGCCGUCCUAUACCCAUUGUGAAAUUGGAAUGGCAUUCUCCAUGGGCUGUCAUACCAGUCUUCUUGGCUAUGCUUGGAAUUAUCGCCACCAUUUUUGUAAUGGCGACCUUCAUUAGAUAUAAUGACACUCCUAUCGUCCGAGCUUCUGGAAGGGAACUCAGCUAUGUCCUGUUGACGGGAAUAUUUCUUUGUUAUAUAAUUACUUUCCUGAUGAUUGCCAAGCCAGACGUUGCGGUAUGCUCCUUCCGGCGUAUCUUCCUGGGCUUGGGGAUGUGCAUCAGUUACGCGGCUCUUUUAACUAAAACAAACCGUAUCUACCGUAUAUUUGAGCAGGGCAAAAAGUCAGUGACAGCACCUAGGCUUAUAAGCCCAACAUCACAAUUGGCAAUCACUUCAAGUUUAAUAUCUGUUCAGCUUCUAGGGGUCUUCAUUUGGUUUGCAGUUGACCCACCCAACAUCAUCAUAGAUUAUGAUGAGCAGAAGACUAUGAACCCUGACCAGGCAAGAGGAGUUCUCAAAUGUGACAUUACGGAUCUACAAAUCAUUUGCUCCUUGGGGUAUAGCAUUCUCCUAAUGGUUACAUGUACUGUGUAUGCCAUCAAGACUCGGGGUGUCCCAGAGAAUUUUAAUGAAGCAAAACCCAUUGGAUUCACUAUGUACACUACUUGUAUAGUAUGGCUUGCCUUCAUUCCAAUAUUUUUUGGCACUGCCCAGUCAGCUGAAAAGCUCUACAUACAAACUACUACACUUACAAUAUCCAUGAACUUAAGUGCUUCAGUGGCCCUGGGGAUGCUUUACAUGCCGAAAGUGUACAUCAUCAUCUUCCAUCCUGAACUAAAUGUCCAGAAACGGAAACGCAGCUUCAAGGCCGUAGUGACAGCAGCAACUAUGUCAUCGCGGCUUUCACACAAACCUAGUGACAGGCCCAAUGGGGAAGCAAAAACAGAACUUUGUGAAAAUGUAGACCCAAACAGUAAACUGCAUACCGCCAGUAAGAAAGAGUGUUCAAAAAUCUGUUACUUGGUACACUAUUCCACCUACAGUAUAGCUUUUGCCUGCUUUCCAAAAAGGCCCUGCUGCAAAAAAGAAGUACGUCAGUUAUAAUAACCUGGUUAUUUAGUCCGUUUCAUCAGACGGAGACAAGGGGGAAUGAAGGUUUUCCAGUCACCCAAACUGGCUUAGGCCUCUUCCUGACCUGUAUCCACAGCUGGAGGAGUUGAAGGCCAGGCAGUUAUUAUGGAGACCAAUGUUAGAGGAUCCAAGUGUUCUGAACAGCUUCUAUGUGAAAUAUCCUUAAUUAAUCUUGGCUUAAUAAGUCACUGGCACUGCCACUUAGGCUGUGACCUUGGACCUUCUCAAUGUUUGGGAGGUAUGAUACCUGAAUUCCCAGCUCUGAUACACGAGUACCCAGCUCUUUAUGGGUGAACUGCAUUUAGCAACAGUGACUUUACAGGGGCUAAGUCUGUCUUUAUAUGUACUUCCAGACUGCAAGUUUUUGAACUUUCUGUACAGUUUGUGAGGAAUUUUGCAUAUUACCAUCCAUGUUGUUUCAACAGUUCACUGUUUGUUUUGAAUGCACAGUUCCAUUGAAGCCCUAUUCUCUGAAACGUUAGCACAUUAAAAGAGAUCUCUCUGAAGAUUGAAACAAACUAUGUACAUGACUUGUAUGAUUAUUACUGUAUCACUGCAAUCCAUGUAUGUUAUUUUUUUAAUUAAACAAACAAAACAAAAAAAGAUAUUUAAAGACCAAAAACUGUGCUGGCGAAGUGAGCCCCAUUCCCACCCCAACCUUUCCCACCUUUCAUAACAAUGAUGGGCUGCAGAGGAAGCAGAAAGGAUUUUGCUGAGUUUUAAUAGAGGUCUUGAUAUUUGGAAUGCAUGCCAGUAAUGUAUUUUAUGGUAUAUGUUAAUCAUUUAUGUUUGAUAUUUGUAUUUGUGUUCUAUUUUGUUAUUUCAGUUAAGGUAUAUGACUAUUUUGCAAUAAUUUCAAUAAUUCUUAUGGUAUUUGGAAGAAAGAAUAUGGCUUUUACAUGUCUUGAGGUUUUUCUUUGUUGAUGCCCCAUCAUGAUUGACCAGUGUGAUAAGGACUUUAAAAAAAAGCAUGUAUGUUUUAUACUGUUUGUAAUAAGUAAUUUCGUUAAUCUUGCUGCUUAUGUGCCAAUUUAGUGAAAACAAUCUUUGCCGCAAACCUCCUCCCACCCCUUCCAUUCCCUCAAUCCUGUGAUAUUAUCCAAGAAUGUAUCAAUAAAAGAUUUUGGUUAACUUUUUAAUUACUGCAAUAAAUAUUUUUGUUGUUUUC